GCUGCACAGCCGUAUCUUCAGAUAGGAUUGUGUGGAUUGUGUGUGAUGUUCGGCUUUGUGAAUCAUUAUUUGUAUAUGGAGCUGAGGAGUGCCACACCAUGGCGUCUAGUGGCACGUCCGAUCUUGAGAGCUCACGAAUUCGCACAAUUCGAGUCACCGAAUGCCGCAAAGCUGAUGAUUUUCGAAAUUAUCCAUUUCUAUAUGCUUACAAUCGAGAAGAAUAUUCUGUAUCCACUGAUGAUAGUCAGUACAAUAUCAGUGAACAAAUGGACUCUGCACCCAUAUUUCCUCGCACUCUUUUCACUGCGUUUACUGCGAUCCGCAUACUGCCAACCGCAAUUGUUGUACAUUCCAUUGGCGUUCUCGUUUUUAUUGAUUCACGCCGAUCUCAGUGUUUUGACGAAUAUCGAUGCAUACUUCCCAUUGAUCGUUUAUUUAUCCGUUCUGAUAUGGCCGAAAGCUAUGGAAGUGGCGUUGAAAUUGAAUUUCAUCCUGGCUUAUGUUGCUCCUUGGCAAAUCAGUUGGGGUUCAGCAUUUCACGCGUUCGCACAGCCGUUCAGUGUACCGCAUACUGCGCUGGUGUGUGCCCAAACGCUCAUCUCAUCCGUUGUUUCGGCACCGUUGAAUCCAUUUCUUGUUAUUGUCGAAUUUGCUUCAGGCUCAUCGUUUUUCCUCACUUCAUAUGUGCGACCAGUGAAAUUUUGGGAGAAAGACUACAAUACACGACGAGUGGAUCAUUCGAACACACGACUCAUAUCGCAAAUCGAUCGUGGCCCGAUGAUGGACGAUAGUAAUUUGAAUGCGGUGUUCUACGAGCACUUAACGAGAUCCUUGCAAGCGUCGUUAGCUGGCGACUUGUUAUUGGGACGGUGGAGUUCAUCAGUGCAGCCCGGAGAUUGUUUCAUUUUGGCGAGUUUCUAUUUGAAUAGCCUUGUGCAUAUUAUCGAGGUUGGUAAUGGCUUCGUAACGUUUCAACUGAGAGGAUUGGAAUUUCGAGGGACGUACUGUCAUCAACGAGAGGUCGAGGCAAUAAGUGAGGAUGUAACGGAAGGUGUGGGUUGCUGCUGUUGUUCGCCUGGUUCUUUGCCGGGUAUGUUAUCGCUGAACACGGCUUGGGUACUACGGUGGCUGGCUUGGGAGGUGGUCACAGCGAAGUAUAUCGUUGACGGAUAUUCAAUCACAGAUAAUUCAGCUGUUAAUCUUUUACAAGUGACAUUCCGUUUCCAGGUCACUGCUCUUCGUCCAAUCGAGUCGUCAUCUCGUUACGUCGAUUUGGAUCCGAUGUUCGGUGCAGCGAACGAUGAGGAUUUUGAUAUGAAUUUGAUGGGUGUUUCACGGCACAGUUUCGCGGAAUUGUACGAGCCAUGGAUCAGACAUUGUAUUCAAGAACGUGCUCUGCAUGAUACUCCUCUGAGCGAUGAGGAUGGCGGUAUUCAACGUGUGAUAGCGUUCUGUUUCGCGCUUUCGGUUGUCGGGAGACGAGCGUUGGCCUCUGCUGCACACAAUCGCCAUGCGAACGCUGCCGAGUCGUUCCUCUAUGGCCUUCAUGCGCUCUUCAAAGGAGACUUCAGAGAAUUUGGUCGUUUGGACGUCAACUGGAGUUGGUGGAUGUUCUUGAAAAGUCAAUUGUGA